AUGAGUAUGCGCGUGUCGUGGGCAAGGUGGUGUUGGAUAGUUAUCUUCACCACGUGCACCGCGAGGACCGCCAGCGACUGGCUCGACUGCGCCCACAUCUCCACCUGUCGCUGCAAAUGGUCCUCGGGCAAGAAAACCGCCACGUGCGCCUCCGGUGACCUACGCCGCCCGCCCACACUCUCGUCCGACAUCCAAGUCCUCGACCUCCACGACAACCCCCUUCGGAACCUCCCGCAAGAAGUAUUCUCCAACAUUGGCCUAUUGAAUUUACAGCGACUCAAUUUACGCGCAACCAAGCUCCGAUCCAUACACCCCGAUGCGUUUCUAGAACUGCGUAUACUAAUCGAGGUCGAUCUAGCCGAUAACGACCUCGCCAUCCUCCCCAGGGACAUUUUCAGAGGCAACGAGAGGUUACGGCUGGUAGUGCUAAGUAAUAACCCAUUAACCAUUUUACUCGCUGAUCAAUUCCCACCGCUGCCCCAUUUACGCAUGCUCUUGUUGGAUGGAUGCCGAUUGAGGACGAUUCACACGAAUGCGCUGCGGAAUUUGAAAUCCCUAGAAACCAUAGACUUACGUAGAAACCAAUUGACAUAUUUACGUUUGAUAACGUUCUCCUUACCGGCCUUGAAGACUAUGUCUCUGUCUGGAAAUCCGUGGAGGUGUGAUUGUAGAUUAAGAGAAUUUAAAGAUUGGUUCUUAGAGAGUAAAUUAGGUACUGAGGAAUUAGUUUGCGUGGAGCCGUCCACGCAGUCUGGGAACAAAUGGCGACACGUGCCAAGCGAGGUGAUGACGUGUCCGCCUGAAAUUAAGUCGAGUACGUUAGUAGUUAGAGCCGAGGUCGGUGUUGCGACCUCAUUUGGAUGUUGGGUGCAUGGCAUACCGAAGCCGAAAAUAACGUGGUUGUUCGAUGGUGUGGACUUGCACAACAGCAGCGUCGAUUGUGACAUGGAAGAAACUGAUUCCAUAGUAGAAGAUGACAAUAUAGAGGAGAGAGUACCGGGUAGCGUUAGAUGGGUAAAUAUCACGUUAUUUAAUGUAACUUCGAGUGCUGCCGGCGAAUGGACUUGUGUAGCGAAAAGUGUGGCAGGUGAAGCCCGCGCUGUAAUCAGUUUAGUACUUCCAAGAUCGCAAACGGCGACGGCCAGAACCGCCCCUGGAAUCCCACAACUGCUGGGUGUAGUCUUCGGUGCAUUAGGCGUAUUAGCGGCAUUGGGUUUUGUAGCUGCAGUUGGGUGUUGGCAUUUUAGAAAAAGAAGCGUACCGCCGAGUCGAAGCUUCAUGGACCAGGAAAAGCGAUUAAUAGAUGCAUCAGUAGUGGUGAGCUGUGAUCGUUCUAUCGCAGAUAUGGCGUCACCUUGCAAUUUUGAGUUAACUGAGCGAUCACUGUCCAUCGACGAACAACCCAGAGGUUGUGCUUUUGACCCUGUGCAUAUAACUAUUGAAGGAACCCCGGGUGCGUUCCCGCCCCCGCCAGCGGAGUUUGCAGUACCUGUACCCUACGGUAAUAUAUUUAUAUCUGUACAAGUGUCGGGUCGCGGUGAACCGGGGAAAUAUCCAGAUUUAUUAAGCGGCGGAGCGACCUUGCCGCGACGAACGAGAACUUGCUGUGGAGCACCAUACGAUAACAUGGGGCCCAGAGUGACAGCGACCGGGAGCUCCACUUGGUCUUUGCCCGGUGCCAGCGCGGACGAACCUUCCGAAACGCCAGUCCUCACCUUACCGCCUCCUCCGCCUGAGUUCGUCUCCCUUUAG